AUGGGAGCCAUGGCUGCGAGAUAUCUGAAAGUCUUCAAGUCGGCUAACCCAUCCGGGUUCUACAUCCACGUCACCUGCCAGGCUUCCGCCUAUGUCGUCGGAGUAGCCGAAUGGGCCACCGGAGUGAAACUUGCAUUUGCUCUGCUUUUGAGGCCAAAACCAGAGAACAAAUACAGAUUUUACUGGAACAUCUACCACCACGCCACCGUUAUUGGUCUUCACUACAACCUAUUAGCGGGUCACCGUCCACCAUUUCGUUCGAUUCUUAGCAAAGUACAACGAUCAGAUGGGAUCAACAAAAAGUUGGUACUUUUUAAUCACCGGUUGCUAUCAAUACUGAAUCUGUUAAGUGCUGAGUUGAUGUGUAAAAUGGAUGGCUUUGUGUUGCCACCUACCGAGUCAACUGAAAUCUUGAAAAGAUAA